CGUAUCUUCCAGAUUGAAGCGUUAUAAAAACAUCUCCCACUUGAUAUACACCACCACCACCACAUUACUCGUACUCCGUAUACUCAAACAAUCUCAAAACCAUCACAGUUCAAAUUCAGCCUGACCGGUCCCUCGUCCUUCUCACCUCCCUCAGCUUUUGGCCUCGAACCACCAUCUCCUUUUUUUCCCCUCGAGUCUACUACUACUUUACCUCCAUACCCUUUGCAACAAUGUCCGCCAUCCCACCACCACCCAUCAUCACCAUCAACGCAACCAACACCACAAUUUCAGGUCCAGGGUCAGCGACCUCAUCCUCUGCAGCUGCGGCGGCGCCCCAACCCACCACGUCCUCCUCGCGACCCCAGAAACCGGUGUUGGUCAAGACCUGUUACCUCUGUGACGAACAGAACCCGGGUGACUUCAGCCCCACGACGAAAUACCUCGAACAGUGCCUCUUGUGCAGCCGCCACUUUUGCCCGAUCCACAAGUCCGAACAGUGGGACCAGGUGUGCGACAUCAACCACAGUUCCUACUACCACGAGUGUCUGGAGAGGGCCCGAGCCGAACUCGCCUCCCAAGGGAAAGCUUCCCCCGACGGGACCAACAAACGAGCCCUGGCCGAACAGUUGAUCAACGAAGGGAUAUACCCUAGUUUGGGGGAACGGGAAAAGGCCAUCUUUUCGACGAGCCCGGUCACCGACGACAAAAUCCACGAAAUCGAACAAUUCCGAAGUCUAGAUGCAGCAUUGUCUGGACAACCUGCGAAAAAGGGUGCACCCGUUGAAGAGGUGGAUGUCGUCGGGGCUGACAUUGCCGUGUGAUUGAUAUACUGGGUAGCUGAACCACCUAACAACUUCACCACAUGGACCACAAUGCGUGGGAAGGAUAGGGCUAGAGGGGAGAUGCGGGUGUUCUCAUGUCCUCGGGAAAGAAGUCAAUUUGUACCUCCCCCCCUACCCUCCACAAAGAGUGUGGUGAACUCGAGUACAAAGUGCGGCAAUCGGAAAAGGACGAUCUCGUUGGGAUAAGAAGAAAAAGGGAGCGCGUGGAGACAAGACACAUAUUGCAAACGUUGGAACCAUUCUACCCUUUCGGAAGUCGCUUUGUUUCAAGGACGAGAUGAAGAUAUACCCAUGAGACCUGGAAAUGAUAUGAGUCAAUCAAGACGCAAGAGAAGAGAGACCACGGUUGGAAUUCUACCAUUUUCAAGAUACAUACCCAAGUAUUCAUGUCAACUCGGCUGGUUAAUGGAUGGACGCCAAAAAAAAUAAGCCAAAUCCAGACAGAAACAAAAUAGGACAAAUGAAC